AUGGACGGCGUCAAAAGAAGCUGGGAUGCCAUGGACGCUGGCGGCGCGCUCUUGGACACUUUUGCAACCGUCGCCUUUGGCAAUGCCCUCGCCCCCGACACGCACGCUCCCAGCAGCAGGAGCAGCAGCAGCAGGAACAUCAAUGUCGGCAGCGAGCCCGGCAGCGAGCCCGGCGGCGAGCCCGGCAGCUGCGCCAAGCUCGACGACAACGCCUCUGCUGCCUCUCGCCAAAAGAGCUGCAACGCCUGCGUGAGGGGCAAAAGGCGAUGCGACAAGCGUACCCCUCAGUGCAGCCGCUGCUGGGCCAAGAGCCUGGACUGCGUCUAUCAGAAACUGCCUCCCGGUGCCGGUGCCGCUGCCUCCGUCUCUGAACCCAGGUCGGCAGUCCGAGGCUCCUCCAUCAGCAUGCCUUCUUCGGCCGGCCCUUCCUCUUCCGUUUCCGCCGCUUCCGCGAGACGGAUGGUCUCUUCACUAUCAGGCUCCUUCUCGCUCCCUCCGGCUGCGUCUUCCCUCACCUCCUCGGCGGCUGCUUCUGCGGCAAACAUGGCCACUGCAACUAUAGGUGGUGGUGGUGGUGGUGGUGGUGCUCACACAGCCACGGCCGCUUGUCUGUCCAAUACGAGCACCUCACCCUAUGUCUCCGAUGUCCCCGAUGUCCCCGAUGUCCCCGAUGUCCUCGAUGUCCCCGACUUCGAGAUGGGCUUCGACUUGGACAGUCUUGGCACUGGGACCGAUACCAGCCCCGAGAGUUUCCAACCUGACUCCGGCGUGCCGCUGGCUUCCGCUCAUGGCAGCAGCGGAAUCGACUUCUCCAUUGCGGACUUUAUAUCCCAGGCCGCAGCCGCCAACGACGACGACUUCUGGCAUUUGAACAGCUUUGGCGCAGACACCACCGACAAGUCGAAUAUUCCGCCUUUGCCAACCAGCCUGGCUGCCGCCAUGGCACCCCCUUCCAUGAAUCCACAGUCGCCGCCGCCACCUCACCAGCUCCAACCUAUCCGCGACUACUCCCUCGUCAAAGACUGCGCGAACCUUUGUAUAUCCGUCGACCCGCUGACUGUUCAUGACCCCAAUACCCGUAUCGGAUACAUCGUCUCUUUCUUCAAGCGAGUGCACGACGUCUUUGCUCGGACGCGAGCCUUGCCAUUCAUGCAUUCGCGUCUAUGGAUAGGUCAACUGCCGAAACCUAUCCUCGCUGCCUUCUCGGCCUCGGCUGCUUAUGCCUCUUGUACAUCCGCUAACAAAGGCUGGACGGUAAAAUUACUCGUCGACGCUGGUCGCGAGAUCCAUCAGGAGGGAGAACGCGCCGUGAGCAAUGAGGAUAAGCUGUCUCGCGUACAAGCUCUGCUAAUUCUGAACACGAUGAGAAUUUUCGAUGGGGACCUUAUUCUUGGAGCCGCCGCGGACAGAGAGCUGGGACUUUUGCUGACGUGGCUGAAAGAACUUAGAAGCAUGCUGGACCAUCUCGAAGCGGAGGAUGGUUGUCGCGGAGGAGAUGGUCUUCUUAUCAAGGGAAAGCCCCCUAGAUCGUGGCAGGACUGGGUUUUUUUGGAGAGCACAAGACGUACUCUACUGACCUCGUAUGCCCUCGUAUCCAUGUCCCUGAUGCUGAAAUCUGAAACCCCCGAUGCAGAGAUGUGGUCCCAGGAGAACAACUUCACUGCCUCUCGUCACCUCUGGGACGCUACAAGCUCGGUCGAAUUCUACCGCUCCUGGCGUGAAAAGCCGCAUUUUUUGAUCACGAACAUGGGCUUCAAGGAAUUCUGGAGCAAUGCCGGACCUGAGGAUUGCGAUGACUUUACGAAUCUCAUGCUCAUCUCACAGGUUGGCGUCGACACCGUGGCGCAUUUCAUGAACGGGGACACGGAUAUACCCGUGAAUGCAGGGCGGGCACCUUGA